AAUAGGGUCGUAAGGCCAGUCAGAAUAUCCUCAACAUUAUUUUUGCCAGUAGUUCUUUUCCGACCUUUCAGAAGCGCGUUUCAGUGCGAUAUUGUUUCAAAAAUCGUAGUAUCGACAUGAAGGAACUCAAGGAAGAAAAUAAUAGCAACAGCUCCAUCAAAAGCGGCAACGAAGAGAAACGAUCUAUAAAGUGGACCGCCGUUCUAUUUUAUAUCUAUCUGCACGCUUUUGGUUUCGCCGGAUUAUACUUUCUUUUUGUCAAAGCAAAAUGGCUGACGGUAUUCUACUUUGUUUUCCUCGUCACAAUCAGUUCCAUAGGACUGACGGCGGGUGCUCACAGAUUAUAUGCACAUCAAACAUUCGUUGCGACAUGGCAACUCAGACUCUUUAUAAUGUUAGCACACACUAUCGCAGGCGUGGGUUCGAUAUACAACUGGGUAUUUUGGCAUAGGAUGCAUCACAAAUAUUACGGCACCGAGAAAGAUCCGUACAAUCAUAAGAAAGGAUUCGUUUACUCUCACGUGAUCAGUAAUCUCUUGUCAGCACCUUCUGACUUGAAGACAUACGCGAGGGACAUUGAUAUGCGUGAUGUUGAUUCAGAUGGAUAUAUUUGGACACAACGAAAGUUCUAUUGGAUACUCUUCAUCGUGCUCGGACUUCUGCUGCCUAUUAACGCGGCUGUAGUAUAUUGGAAUGAAUCAUAUGCAAAUUCAUUUUUGGUCAUUGGCGCUGCGCGAUUACUAAUAACAACCAAUAUUUCUUGGUUAGUGAACAGCGCCUUGCUGGUCUGGGGCCUGAAGAAAGGGGAUAAAUUCCCGGUCGACGACAAUUCUGUCUUUUUCUUGUCGAAGUCCUACUGGCUAAAUUAUCAUUAUAUGCUACCGUGGGAUUGGAAAAAUGAUGAAUUUGGCACUUACGAAGCGGGAUUUAUCACGUUUAUCGUGAAGAUGUGGCGCGAACUCGGUCUUAUCAAUGAAAUGAAGACCGCCACCAGUGACGACGUGCGAGAAGCUCUCUAUAAAGUAGCGAUAUCGGAGAAGACGUUUGAUGAAGCUUUAGAAGAGAUAAAACAGAAUGCGGAAGAAGUCGCUCUAAAGCAGAAACUAAUAUACCGUCAUUAGGAAAUUAAGUCUACACAAGGAAAUAAAUUAAUAUAUGUAAUAUAAUAUGUAUUACAUAAAUUAUAAUACAUAAUAUAAAUUAAUAUAAAUUACU